AUGGCCUCGUUUCUUAUUACCGGCUCCUCGCGUGGCCUGGGCCUUGCACUUGCCACCCGACUUGCAUCUCUACCCAGCGGCCAAGUGGGAACUAUCUUCGCGACCGCUCGUCAGGAUAAUUCGGCACAACUCAAGGAGCUCAUAAGUGCUUCUUCCGGUCGCGUUGAACUUGUCGUUUUAGACGUGACCGAUAAGAAAAGCGUACAGGAAGCAAGUCGCCUGGUUGAACAGAAGUUACAAGGCAAGGGUCUUGACUAUUUGAUCAACAAUGCUGGUGCAAUGGACUGGAACCCCGCCGGAGUGGAGGGGAUCCUUCUUGCCUCUGCUGCGUCGCGGGAGAAGAAGUCCGUUAUUAACAUUUCGACGACUCUGGGAUCUAUUGCCAGAGCUCAUGUCUACGAACAAACGCGCUCGCCUGCCUACAAGAUCACGAAGGCUGCGUUGAAUAUGCUGAGCGUACAAUAUGCGCAACAAUAUGCCUCUGAAGGAUUUACCUUCUUGCUUGUUAGUCCUGGAUGGUUGCAAACUGAUCUAGGAGGCUCACGAGCAGAUCUGCCUGUCGAGACAGGUGCCGAGAAGGUGGUCGAUAUCGUGCUGAAGACCGGGCCUCAUCAAAAUGGAAAGUUUGUCAACAUUCAUGUUCCAGGUUGGGAGAAUGCGAAAGGAAAUAAUUUCUACGCAGGGGAAGAAGUCGAAUGUGGAGUAUCAGAAUUCACGGAUAAAUAUUUGAUGGUGACUGCCCUCCUGCUCCGGGUCCUUGCAACCACUCGAGCAAAGCUUGGGGUGGCCAACAUCACCGGGGUUCUUGCAGUGGAACAGAACAUUCUUGAGAUCCUCCUUCUCAAGGUCGGUGCCCUUGAGGACAUCCUUAAGAUCGGCCUCGGUAAAACCUAA